AAUGUCAUAGAAUGAAAAUGAGAUUUAUAGGAGAAUCAAAUUACUAGGAGAAGGUUCUUUUGGAAAGGCAUAUUUAGUGGAAUGCAUCUAAGAUGGAACUCUUUGUGUGAUCAAACAAGUAGAUUUAAAUUAAAUGAAAGAAGAUGAAAGAAGAGAAACAAUUAAAGAAGCAAGAAUAUUAGAAGCAUUAAGACAUCCUAACAUAGUUAAAUUUAGAGAAGUCUAUAAAACAAAAAAAGGUAGGUUAUGCAUUGUAAUGGAUUAUGCAGAUGGUGGUGAUUUAAGCAAUAAAAUUAAAUAAACAGGAUCAUGUCUAUUUAGUGAAGUAUAGAUACUAGAUUGGUUUACAUAAAUAUGUUUAGCAAUUAAACAUGUUCAUGAUAGAAAAAUUAUUCAUAGAGAUUUAAAAACUUAAAAUAUAUUUCUUACUUAAGAUGGAAUAAUUAAACUUGGUGAUUUUGGAAUUGCCAGAGUUUUGAAUCAUACUAGAGAAAAAUGCAAAACAAUUGUAGGAACUCCUUAUUAUUUAUCCCCUGAAAUCAUUGAAAGUAGAGAUUACUCAUUUAAAACUGAUAUAUGGUCUUUAGGAAUUAUACUUUAUGAACUCUGCGCGCUCAAACCUCCAUUUAAUGCUGAAUCCUUACAUGGAUUAGCCCUUAAGAUUGUUAGAGGUCAAUACAAUCCUAUUCCUGAUAAAUUCUCAACAAACAUGAGAUAAUUAAUCUCUUCUUUACUUUAAGUUGAUCCAAAUAGAAGACCCAAUAUUCAUGAAGUUUUGAAGAUGUAAAUUAUAUUUAUCAAUUUUAGGCCAAUCAUAGUUAAUAGAAUCAGAAGUGUUUUAUCAGAAAGUAUAAGGAAUGUAGAAUUCUCUCAUACUAUUUUACACAAACAAAAUUUUGUUAAUCAUAAUUUAAUAGUUCCAUAUGAUACAGAAUUGAGAAGUGUAUGUUCAUAGCCAAAUCUUGGCAAAAUUUAAUAACAAUAACCAUUACAAUAAUAUUAAUAAUAAUAAUAAUAACCUAGUAAUUAUUUAUUGGCAUUUAAUGCAAGAGGAUAGCCAUAAAAUAAUCUAUUAAAAUAGAAACAAUUAUAUUAAUAACAUUUACCAUAAGUAUAUAUCUUAUUUAAUUAUUUUAGAAUUACGAUUACAUCUCUAAACCAUCUUAAUAAAAUUAUAAUCCAUAUAUUAAUUAUUAGAAAUACUAAUAAAAUAAAUAAUAAUAAAUUUAACCCUUAUAAGUUAAUAAUAGACCUAAUAUUUCACCAUUAAAUCCAUAAAGAAAUGAGAAAUCACCUUAUUAUGAAGAUAGAUCACCAUUAAGCAAAUCACCAUUUAAUAAAGAUGUUAGAGAUAAAUCUCCUUUUGAAAUAUAAAGAGAAUAAGUCAGAUAAUAAAUUAAAAGAAAUGAAGAAAAAUUUCAAUAACUUUAAGAAAAUAAAAUAAAAUAUUUAUAACCUGAUAAAUAUGAAUUACCUAAAUUAUCUAGAGAACCAUAUUCAUAACCAUAAAUACAAUAUAAAUAUUAAAAAUAAUAAUCUGAUCCUGUAUCAGUCAAAGACCCAAUUAGAUUAGAACCAAUUAAUAAUAAUUAAUAAUAAUAAUAAUAAUAAUAAUAAUAAUAAUAAUAAAAAAUUGAUUUGCAAUAAAAGAUAGAAUAAUAAUUAUAAUAAUAAUAUCCUUCAUCUUAAAGAGAUCAAAAAGAAUAAAGAGAUAGUGUAUAUUAAGCACCUCAAACUGAAAGAGUACAAGUAGCAUAAUACAUUUCCCAACCUCCUCCCACUUAAUAAUAAAGUGAUCCAAUCUAAAAAACUGAAUCAGUCAAACCAAGUAAAUAAUAAUUAAAAGAAAGUCAACUUAUCUUAUAAGAAAUAAGAGAAAUAAAAAAUGAUAAUAAAGAUGAUAGAGAAAAAAUGAAAUAAUUAAUGGAAAUGAAGAGAUAAAGAAAUAGUAAUACAUAAUCAGAAAUCUAAGAAGUUAUUAAAGAAGCAUCAAAAAAUUCUGAUGAAUAAGAAGAUGAAGCAUCAUAAUUACUAGCAGAAUUAGAAGAUAUUGUUAUAGCUGCAGAAGGUGGUGAUGUUAAACAUUCAUAAGUAAUUAAUGUAGGUGAUUGCGAUUUAAUAAAUAUGUAACAAUCAGUUAGAGAAAGUGUGGAUAGAGAGGAUGAUGAUAGUUUAGAAUAGAAAUCAAAUGGAUCAAAUGAAAAUGGAGAAAGAGAAAGUUUUUAAGAUGAUGAAGAUAUAGUUUGUGAAACACCUAAAGAAUUACUUUAUCAAUUAUUAUUAAGAUAAAUUGGUUAAGAAUAAUUGACUAAAGCAUUAAAUAAAAUAUAAAAUGCAUACUCCCAAGAUUAUAUCAAUUUAAUGCAAAAUGGUUUGGAUGAAUUGUAAUAAUAUAAGGCACUAAUAUUUAUGUAUGAAUGUAUGUGA